UAACUUUACUCGCCACUUCCAAGACAGGCCUAUUGCCGGCCCUGAGAUACAUCUACAUACAAACCAUGGCGUAGCGGUAAGGCGUAGCGGAAAAAAAAUACUGGUUAGCGAGCGAGAGGAUCCAGUGUGGGAUUGGAGAGAGCGUCAAGCGGAGAGCCACUAUCUCGCCGGCGUGCUGUCUCUCCUAUCGCUGUCUUUCGAAAUUUCGGGCUGAUAACACUUCCGACCGGAAGUACUCGCGCCGAUCGCACGAUCUUUGUGACACAGCGAAAAUGGGUCUCAAUCCCAUGAAAUGGAAAACGAGAACUAUUUUGCACGGUGUCCUAGGCGUUUUGGUUCUUUACACACUGUUUGUUUAUAAGAAGAAGCAUCAAGUGAUGUUCGAGGGCGUCAUAAAUAAGUCGGAUCCUAGGCUGGUGUGGGAGUUUGUGGCUGAUUUUAGCAACAUGAAAAAAUUGAACCCAACAAUAGAGGAUUUUAAUGUGAUCGAUGAAGGUGGGAAUUACGAACACUGGAAAUAUUCCGUGCAGUACACGGAACAUCUAAGUCACCUGCCAAUGAUCCGGAACGUAGCGCACGGGCACUACGCCGUCAAGCCGGAUAACAAUGGCUAUGUCAUCAGUUCCAGACAUCGGACUUGCUUCUUCUUCAAUUUCUAUUGUUUGGAGUCCGUUUCGCAAUUCAGAUUCGACGCGGAUGGCGUAGAGGACACAAAAUGCAUCGAGACCGUGCAAUACGAAUGUCCGAUCGCGUUUUCGCCGCUGUGUCGCAGGGAGGUCAUGUACCAGCGAGAAGAAAUCCUGAAGAGACUAAAAUUGGAAUUUGCUAUCAGUAACAGGAGAGAAAAUUAAAAAUAUCACUGCCUACAUAUAUGUACUUAUAUGUAUUUAGCUCGCGAAAUCCUUUUUUUUAUAAAACAUCGUAUAAUUAUUUUUCAUAUAAUUAAUUAAUACAUAUUUUAAAUUAUGUUGUACCUUUCCGCUUAAAAAUAAUUUGACAUCAAUUUUAAUGAGCUGCUAAUUAUGUGUACUGUUAUAUCAUGUUUUUUUUCUGACCGAGAAUUGAAUUAAAACUGUAAAUGAAAAAACGCGUAUUUUACGCUCUAUAAUUCACGUCAGAUUUCACGGAGAAUUUUCUAACUCUUAUAUGUUACGCAUAUGGAAAUAUUUUUAAUAUAUGUAUAUUUUGUAUACAUGUUAUAAUAUAUAUUCUUCAAAUGUUAAAUAUAUAUA